AUGUCUACCCAACGGAUUGCAUUCAAGGUCAGUGGUACCGUUCAAGGUGUCGGCUUCCGUGACUUCACACAGAAGCGUGCAUCCGAAUUUGGCUUGAAAGGCUGGGUCGAAGGAGAAGCCCAAGGAACUCCAGAGUCCAUCCAAAAACUGCUCAAAGAGAUUAACAACGGCCCACGACUCGCACAUGUAGUUAAACUGGAGAAGAAAGAUCUUGCCGUCCAGGAUAGUGAGACCCAUUUCGGUGUCAGGCGGACCACCGAGUCGGCCUUUGAUGCUACAAACUGA